GUAGACUAUGGAUGAUAUGAAACAAAAGCUUUUGUACACAAGUCUUGAAGUUGAAAGACUCAAUAUGGAAGCAAGUGAAGAAAAGAGGAAGAACAAUCAAUUAAUCCAUCUCAUAAAAUUAGCUUAUCAAGAAAGAGAUGAAGCAAAAAAUCACCUUCACAAAUUACUCAACAAAAUAAAUCAAUCUCAAAUCAACAAUAUUGAUAGUAGUCCUCAUGCUACUACUACAAUUGAAUCAAAUAGUCUUAGUGAAACAUACAACAAUUCAUCUCCUAUUGAGUCAUUUUUGGAUGUUGUUUCAUCUCCUGAUCACCUUUCCAAUUACAUUGUUCCUGUUAUUGCGCAACAAGUAGCUAAAAUUGAUGAUGAUGAUCAAGGUUCGUUGGUUAUCGAUAGACUUGUCAAGGGGAAGACAUUGCCUCAACAAGGCAAGUUUCUACAAGCUGUGCUUGAAUCAGGUCCACUAUUGCAAACAUUACUUGUAGCUGGUCCACUACCUAGAUGGCGUAAUCCGCCUCAAUUUAAACCGUUACAUAUUCCUCCGGUUACGAUUAAAAGUUGUGAAGGUGGGAUGAUGAUGAAUAAUUAUGGUCAAUUUGGUUCAUCAUUGAUCAACAACACUCAACCUUAUUUUGAGAUGUCUUGUGCAUCAUCACAAAUGUUGUCACCUUAUUUAGGUCCAAAUUGUAACAAUUUUGUCCAUACAGACAAGAGACAAAGGUUGCAGUGACACAAUAUUUUUGUAUAAAACUGAUUUUUUAAAAAGUGAAAUAGCUUUAACUUAAUGAUUCC